UAGCACUCUUGAUUUGAAAAAAAAAGCCCAAAGGCAUUCAUGGCUAAGUGUUGGAAAAUGUCUGCUUGUGGUUUCCUCUUCAUUCUCACCUUCCUUACGAGCAUGAGACCUUCUAAACAACAACCGAAACCUGUUGGUUUUCAUUGUCCUCCGGGGAGACAUACUUACCUCAAAAACAGCACAUAUUUUUCCAAUCUCAAAACCCUUUUGUUCUCUCUUUCUUCUAAAGAAAAUCAUUCAUCCUCCAAUGGAUUUCUACGCCUUACAAAUGGACGAAACCCGGACUUGGUUUACGGACUUUACCUCUGCCGAGGAGACUUGUUGCCGGAAGUCUGCCGUGAUUGCGUCAACUUCGCCGUCAAGGACAUUCUGAGACAGUGUCCAAAUGAGAAGGAGGCUUCGAUUCAUUACAAUGAAUGCAUGCUGCGAUACACUGACCGGGAUACUCUCUUGGAUCCUAAAGCCACACCUGGAAUCUUGACUAUGAAUCAACAAAAUAUUACGGCAAACGAAUCAGAACAGUUCACUCAUGAACUCCUUUCUUUAAUUAACGAAACUUCAAAGGAGGCUGCUGAUAGCUCAAGAAAAUUUGCGGUUAACAAGGGGAAAUUCACAUCGUCACAAAACAUUUAUGUAAUGGUUCAGUGCAUGCCUUACCUGACAAGAGAGAAUUGCUCAAGCUGUUUGCAAGAAACCGUCAGGAAAUUGCCUCGUGACAAAACUGGAGGAAGACUUCUCUGGCCAAGUUGUACGUUAAGGUACGAGCUUUACCCAUUUUACAAUAAAACCUUGCCAAGGUACGAGCAGUCAGCACGUUUAAGUCAAGCUCCUACUCCUUCCCAGUCAGCACGUUCAAGUCAAGCUCCUCCUCCUCCUACUCCACCACAAUCAGAACGUUCAAGUCAAGCUCCUCCUUCUCCGCAGUCAGCACUUUCAAGUCAAGCUCCUCCUCCUCCUCCUCCACAGUCAGCACUUUCUAGUCAAGCUCCUCCUCCUCCUCCACAGUCUGGAAAAAACGGAAACUCAAUCGUGAUAAUCAUAGCAAUUGUUGUGCCACUAGCUGUCUAUAUUCUUCUUUUUGCUGUUAUUUCUAGCUUCCAUGUCAUAAGUAAUAGAGUGAAGAAGGCUUAUGAGACAGCAGCUGCAGAUGAUGAUGGGGAUGAUAUUACAACUGCUGGCUCAUUGCAAUUUGAUUUUAAUGCUGUUGAAGCUGCAACAGAUAAGUUUUCCGAAAGUAACAAACUCGGUCAAGGCGGAUUUGGACAAGUUUACAAGGGCACAUUUCCUAAUGGAUUACAAGUUGCGGUGAAGAGACUAUCGAAAACAUCAGGACAAGGUGAACAAGAGUUCAAGAAUGAGGUUCUUGUUGUUGCUAAACUUCAACACAAAAAUCUGGUCAAGCUUCUCGGAUUUUGUCUCGAAAGAGAAGAGAAAAUACUUGUCUACGAGUUUGUGCCUAACAAAGGCCUUGAUUACUUCCUCUUUGAUUCUACACUGAAAAUCCAACUUGAGUGGACAAGACGGUACGAGAUCAUUAAAGGAAUCGCUAGAGGAGUUCUUUAUCUUCAUCAAGAUUCACGACUAACAAUCAUACAUCGUGACCUCAAAGCGAGUAACAUCCUCUUAGAUGAUGAUAUGAAUCCAAAAGUUGCUGAUUUUGGAAUGGCAAGAAUUUUCGGAAUAGACCAAACAGAAGCCAAUACAAAGAGAGUAGUUGGAACCUAUGGCUAUAUGUCUCCAGAAUACGCCAUGUAUGGCCAAUUCUCCAUGAAAUCAGAUGUCUAUAGUUUCGGGGUCUUAGUUCUUGAAAUAAUAAGCGGCAGAAAAAACAACAGUCUCUAUCAAAUGAAGGACAGUGCUGGAAAUUUGGUUACAUAUACUUGGAGACUAUGGAACAAUGGAUCACCAAUAGAGCUUGUGGAUCCAUCUUUUCAAGAAAAUUAUCAAGUAGACGAUAUUACUAGAUGCAUCCAUAUCGCUCUACUAUGUGUUCAAGAAGAAGCUGAAGACCGUCCAACCAUGUCAGAAAUCAACCAAAUGCUCACCACUAGUUCAAUUCCUCUCGCCAUUCCUCAACCACCUGGUUUUUUCCUCCGGAGAAAACAUGAACAAGUAGGAUCAUCAGGAGCAGGUCCAUCGACAGGUUCGUCUGUUCUCUGUUCCAUCGACGAUGUUUCCAUUACUCAAGUAACUCCUCGUUGAAUACAAAACAUUUUACAAAGACUAAUAAGCAACGACAAUGAAGAAAGAUUUUUCUUAGUUAAUUGUUCAUAAUUUUCUUUUAAAUACCACUGAUAGUAAAUUAUACAAAUAUUUAAUAUGUCCUCUUAAUUCAUCUU